GGGAAGAUUUUGUCCGUUCGAUCUAGGUCUGCCAAGAAGAAGAUCCAGUUAUAAGCUUUCGUUUCAUAUCCGGUAGCCGCCCCACGUUACAUUGAGCGACCAUCGGAGGAAGACGUCGAAAUGGUGCAGCGUUUAACCUACCGGAAGCGGCAUAGCUAUGCGACAAAAUCAAACCAGACUAGGGUUGUGAAAACUCCAGGUGGCAGGCUUAUUUACCAAUACACUAAGAAAAGGGCGAGUGGUCCAAAAUGCCCUGUCACCGGCAAGAGGAUUAUAGGUAUUCCCCGCCUAAGACCUGCUGAGUACAAAAGAUCUAGGUUGUCUAGAAAUAGGAGAACUGUCCACCGUGCAUAUGGAGGGGUUUUAUCUGGCGGUGCUGUCAGGGAAAGGAUUAUUCGUGCGUUUCUUGUUGAAGAACAGAAGAUUGUUAAAAAGGUUCUGAAGAUGCAGAAGGCCAAGGAAAAGCAAGCUGCGAAGAGUUGAUUAGUAGAAGCAAAAUGAAGAGUUUUGUAACUAAAGUUAAAUUUUGGCAUUUAUGGUUAGUGCUUGUCUGGUAUUCUUGGUGAGAUGACCGUUUUCAGUAUUGAAAUUUGUUUCCGAGAGCAGUUGUGGACAGUUAAUUAGGAAAAAUGUGGUGAAAUAUGGUGUAUUUGUUCUUUGUUGCUCCUCCCUUGUUUUGUUUUGAGUAUCAUAACUGGAUUGAUAAGUUUAUGAUUUGGAAAUAUUUGAAACAUUCUUAUUGAUGUA